UUGUCAUUCUUUGAACGAUUGUAAAGACGUGUCUUUUCUCCUUAAAAUUUCUAUAUUUUACGUGUAAAAGUUAAAAUAAUAUAAAGUUUAAUAAAUUCUAGUGUCCCAAGUGAAGUAAUAUAAAAAGAAUUUUUUUAUGAAAUGCGGUAAAAUUGUGCAAAAAAGUGGAAAUACCUGUUUAUCAACCGCAAUCCACCACCACGCACCAAAUUUCCAAAUCUGAACCAAACAUGUCUCCCUGAUGGCUAAAUGGUUGAUCCUGUGUUCCCUCUGGGCUGCUCGCCUGGUCCUGCAGCCUACACCACCCGUGGUGACCUCUAGUGGCCUGCUGCGGGGAUAUGUGGCCCCAGAUGGGUCACACCUGCGGUACAAUGGUGUACCGUAUGCGAAUGCUGAGAGGUUCCAGGUAUCUCGCCCAGUACCAAAAUGGGAAGGUGUUAUCAACGCAGUGAACGAACACAUAAGAUGCGCACAAAGAUUCUCACAAACAUGGAUUAACGGGAGAGAAAACUGCCUUACAUUAAAUGUAUACACGCCCUUACAAGCGGGGGAUAAGCCUUACCCUGUUAUGGUGUUUAUCCAUGGAGGAGGGUUCAGAGACGGUUCUAGUUCCCCCCUUCUUUACGGCCCUGAAUAUUUAACAAGGCAUGGAGUAAUUCUUGUAACCAUCAAUUAUAGACUGGAAAUAUUAGGCUUCCUGUGCUUGGGAAUUAAAGAAGCACCAGGGAAUAUGGGUUUAAAGGACCAGGUGGAAGCACUUCGAUGGGUGAAGAUAAAUAUUAGGGCAUUUGGUGGAGAUCCCGAUAACGUCACUUUGUUCGGCGAAAGCGCUGGGUCAGCGUCUGUAUCAUACCACAUUUUUUCACGAAUGUCUCGUGGAUUAUUCCAUAAAGCUAUUAUGCAAAGUGGUUCAGCAAUAGGGCCCUGGGCUUUACAGUUUGAACCGAUACAAACCGCUCGUAAACUUGCCAAGCAAAUGAGAAUGGAAUCAAAUAACGUUUAUGAUAUUCUAGAACUAUUUAGAAAUAAACCCGUGAAAGAACUUUUGGAAACACGUGUUCCCAGAGCAAUUGGAGAUACUGUUCUAUCAGAAAACAUAUUUGUGCCUUGCAUUGAAGAUGAUAUACCUGAUUCGGAAGAAUUCAUACGAGAUAGCCCGUAUAACUUGAUCACAAGUGGCCAAUUUAAUAAAAUACCAAUAAUCAUGGGCUACAAUAGCGCAGAGGGUUUAAUGUUCGCUGGAAAGGAAAAUGAAACAACCAGAAACAACUUUAAUUUCAUCGGAUCAAUGCCACGAGAUUUGAAAUUCCCGUCUGAAUAUGAUAAAAAUGCAACUUCAGAAAAGUUGAAAGAAAUAUACUUCAAGGAUUUAGAUAAAAAUCGGAUAGCCUUGGAUACAUUGGCUAAAUACGAAGGAGAUUUAGGCAUAGUUUACCCUGUUAUAGUGACAGCUGAUCUUUUUUUAAGAAAAAUGGAGAAACCAGUAUUUAUUUACAAAUUUUGUCGGGAUGGCUGGAUGAAUUUAUUAAAGUUUCUAUUUAAGGUUACAGAAUACCCCGGUGCGACACACGCUGAUGAGUUAUUUUAUAUAUUUAAGACUGAAAUAACCUUGCCAAUGUCAUUUUUUGAAAAGGAUAUGACUAAGAAGAUGACUACAAUGUGGACGAACUUUGCCAAAUUUAACAAUCCAACACCAAAAACAACAAAACAACUUCCCAUAACAUGGCAACCCAGCAGUAAAAUAGAUCCAAAAGUAUUGGUCAUAGAUACAAAAUUUUCCACAGAACCUUUGUGGAAUGAUGAUGCAAUCAUAUUUUUGAAUCAAACGUAUACAAAAUAUAGACGGAAAUCAUAAUUUAAAAAUUUGAAUUUAUAAUUAUACCUAUUCUUAUUGACCGCCUCCUUGGUACAGUAGUUGACGCGUGAGCGUAGCACCGAGGGGUCC